AUGCGCGCCCGCUACUACAACCCCCGCUGCAUCGGCUUCGUCGCCGUCUCUGCCUCCGACCCGGGCACACCAGUGGCGUAUGCGCAGUUCAUCCGUCUGGGCGAGGACAAGGCCGCACGAGCGCUCAUCGCAGCGCAGAGCUCCAUCUGGAAUACGCUGUGCCGGUGGUGCGUGACCGUCCGGACGUGGAUUGAGACUCUCGUGCGACCGGAUCGGUCGGCGGAUGCGGAUGCAGUGGCCGAGUUCGAGAAGGCGGUUGAGGAGGAUAAUGUGCGGUUCUGGGAGUCGGCGGAGAUGAAGCGCUUGUAUGGCGAGAGGUGGCAUGCGCAGAGUGUGGUUGUCUCUGCGGACUGGAGGCGCAGGGGCAUUGGGAGGCGGUUGAUGGGGGAAGCGAUGCGGCGGGCGCAGGAGGAGGGAGUGGUUGUUGGACUCGAGGCAAGUGGCGAUGGGGAACAGCUUUAUCGCAGCUUGGGGUUUGAGUUGAGGGGCAGGUUUUGUAUGAUUUUGGGGAGCGAGGAUGGGAAUGUGGGUGGGAUUAUGAUGUGGAGGCCUACGGGGGAAGUGGAUUGA